CUUCACAUAGCCUUUGGUCAACUGGAAAAUGGCCUGGGUAACUGUGUGUUUCCUGCUGUAGGGGGAAGAGGUAGUGCCAGAGACGCCAUGUGAAAUCCUCUACCAGGGCAUGCUGUAUAGCCUCCCCCAGUACAUGAUUGCUCUGCUUAAGAUUCUGCUGGCUGCAGCUCCCACCUCCAAGGCUAAGACAGACUCUAUCAAUAUUCUGGCAGAUGUCCUGCCUGAGGAGAUGCCCGUCACUGUUCUCCAGAGCAUGAAGCUGGGCAUCGAUGUGAACAGGCACAAGGAGAUCAUUGUAAAGAGUAUUUCUGCCCUGCUCCUGCUGCUCCUCAAGCACUUCAAACUGAACCACAUCUACCAGUUUGAAUAUGUAUCACAACAUUUGGUAUUUGCCAACUGCAUUCCAUUGAUCCUGAAAUUCUUCAAUCAAAAUAUUUUGUCCUACAUCACUGCUAAAAACAGCAUCUCGGUCCUGGAUUACCCUUGCUGUACCAUCCAGGAUUUGCCAGAACUUACUACGGAGAGUCUGGAAGCUGGAGACAACAACCAGUUCUGCUGGAGGAACCUCUUUUCCUGCAUCAACCUUCUGAGGCUGCUCAAUAAACUGACCAAAUGGAAGCAUUCCAGAACCAUGAUGCUGGUGGUGUUUAAAUCUGCUCCAAUCUUAAAGCGGGCUCUCAAGGUCAAACAGGCCAUGCUGCAACUUUAUGUCCUGAAGCUGCUAAAAAUACAGACCAAGUACCUGGGGCGCCAGUGGAGGAAAAGCAACAUGAAAACCAUGUCGGCCAUUUACCAGAAAGUGCGCCACCGUAUGAAUGAUGACUGGGCUUACGGGAAUGGUGAGUACUCUCAGAGCUCUCGACAUCCAGGAGUUGCCUGGUGUUGA